CCGUCUUCAUUGUAGUCCGGAGGCUCACUGCUGUAACGUCCCUCUGUGUACAGCUGCCAGGAACAACUCUGCUGCAAUGCUUAAUCACGCAGCACAGCAGGUUUCGCAACUCUGACUCUACUAACCUCAACGCACUUACAAUACCUCGGUCCGUCCACAGACUGGUCUACAAAAUGGCUCAGAAUAACUGUUAUUAUAAUGAGAGCAUGCAGUUCUUCUACGACAAAGUCGGUAAGAGACAAGGAUUGAACAGCACCAUGCUCAUCACGGUCCAAGUGAUCGGCUCCACCUUCUGCAUCUUCAUCCUGGUUGCUAACUCUAUGGUAAUUGCUGCUGUAAUAACCAAUAAGAGGUUUCACUACCCCUUCUACUACCUUCUUGCCAACCUUGCUGCCUCGGACUUCCUGGCAGGCAUAGCGUACGUGUACCUCAUGUUCAACACAGGUGAUGUGUCGCCAACGCUCACUAUUAGCGAGUACUUUUUCCGCCAAGGACUUCUGGAUGUCAGUCUCUCGGCGUCUCUGGCUAAUCUUCUCGUCAUUGCUCUGGAGCGCUACAUCUCUGUAAUGAACUGGAAAGUCCACAGCAACCUGACCAAGAGAAGGGUGACCUUGUUGAUCGUUCUGGUGUGGAGCAUCUCUAUCUUUAUGGGGGCGGUGCCCAGCCUGGGCUGGAACUGCAUCUGUAGCCUGGAGAGUUGCUCCCAGAUGGCCCCCAUCUUUAGCAGGAGCUACCUGAUUUUCUGGUCGGUUUCUAACCUGAUUAUUUUUGUUGCCAUGGUGGCAAUCUACAUGAGGAUCUACACUUACGUCAAGAGGAAGACAACAAUGCUGAUGUCACACACCUCCAGUUCCCUCAACCGCAAAAGGACGCCAAUCAAGCUCAUCAAGACGGUCAUGGCUGUGCUCGGAGCCUUUGUGAUCUGCUGGACCCCCGGUCUUAUUGUCAUGCUCUUGGACGGCCUGCACUGUGAGAAUUGCAAUCUGAAGAAACUGAAGAGCUUGAUGCUGCUUUUGGCUGUUGCCAACUCCGUCAUGAACCCCUGCAUUUACUCCUACAAGGACGAGGAGAUGUGGACAACUUUCAAAAACCUCAUGCGCUGCAUCGGAAACGGCACGCGGCGGCAGCGGUCGACGCGCGCCAAUGCCAAGCCGCUGGGCUCCAGUCAGGACACGAGCACGACUCCGCCGGCCUCAGAGGAAAGAAAAAGUGAUGACAAUGGAUCACUCGAUUCGUGAAACAUCGUCUUGUGGUAGAUUUUUCAGAUCUGCUCUCCCAGUUGUACACUCGGAAACGUUGUGAAGACUCUGCCAACUCGGACAAAGACAGUUUAUCUGUAGUGGUUCUCCAUGAAUUUUCCUCAGCUUGAAAAGGUUUUCUUGAAGAGACUGCAGACCAUCUGUUCAAAUUAAAAGAGAUAAGAUACCGUUAUGCACUACUAAAUUCUCUAAUGGCUGUAAAGAUGCCCGGUUUUACUAGGGUUUCAUCCAUUUGGGCACAUUACUCCAAUCCGUGUGUAAUGGGAGAUUCAUUCCAGUUUCAUCGUGUUUUCUGUCAGUGUCAUCAGAUCUGUGACUCAUCUUAUGAGAAGGUGAUGCUGCGCCCCAGUGAUUGAUGAAGUAGGUGCAUUCAAACAUUUUGAACCCUCAAGUGUAAAAGUUGUACGAAGCAGGAUGUUCUUUGUAUUAGAGGUUUGUUGAUAUUUGUUGUAAAUAGAUUUUUUUUUUUACUGCAUGUGUAUUUAAAAACUAUAAUGGAGGAUUUAGAAUGAAAUAUGCUUGGGCAGGGCUGAAUUUUAAAGUUAUGUGUUUGUGUAAAUGACUGUAAACUGCUGUAAAGGAACUCUAUACUUGAACAUAGUAUAAGAAGAUUUUUCUUAAAUACCCUUUUUAUACUUCUUGAUCAGAUUUUGUUUUUCAUCCCAAUCCAUCUCCUCUUUUUUUAUUACUCAUGGAACCCGAAACGUCCUGUUAAAGAACCUGAUGAAGACAAGCAUGCUUUUCUGCACCAUUUUUUAAAAAUAUGCCUCACCUCUCUGCAACACACUGGAUUCCCGCUAUAGAUUCAGCUGAUACUGUUUUUAGCAUUGAGGAGGAUAAGACAGUGAAUCCCUCUCCACACAGACAGUUGCACAAACCGCUGCAAGCUGACCACAUCGCGAAACCCGCAGCAGAGUUCAACUGACCUUUUAUUAAAUGUGUUUAAUAAAAAGCACUGCUGUAAAGAAACCCCUCAUCAUCAAAGCUAUUUGAAUCUUUUCUUUGACUUCAGCUUUAUAAAACUGCUCAGUUGAAAGAUUUGAAUCUCCAAUUAUUAAGCUAAGCGGAGAUUACGUACCCAUGCUCAUGCACUUUGACCGUUGGACUUGUCAAAUCAUCAACCAUCUUGCAUAACUUCUCUGACUAUUCCUCCAUGUGAAAUCUUUCACUUUCAACUGUGCUUUGUUUAUAAAAACUUAUUUCAUGUAGAAGUAGAACGCCAUAAUUUAGUGUCUUAUAGAAAGAACUACAUUUCCACAUUAAAGGGCAAAGGAGACAAGCUGUAUGCAGUCACUUGUUGCACCAAGAGCAGCUAUUAUUGCUUGGACGUCAUAUUAUGCAGAACUGCUCCUGCAGGCUUCUGGCCCACUUUUUUUAUAGCCUGAAUUAGUAUUUUAUACCAUAUAAAUGUGUAACUGACCUGAAAACUAGAACACACCAUGCAUGUCUGUGCUGUAGAUUAGUGGAAUAAAAUUAUUGUCUUUAUUUAGAUGUUUUCCUUGUCCUGCAUACCUCAUUUUGGAUGAACAUGAAUCCAUGCUGGGGUUCAUGACCUCUGUUGGAGCAAGGAUACAUCUAAAAUAUUAAGGCCACACAACCUGAGGAUCUGAAUUGUAGAGUUUGGGAUAAAAUAGAUUUUUAUGUUUUAUUGUCUAAUUUACUUAAAAUGAGACAAUGAUUGCCUUAAUGUACAUUCUGCUCUAUUAAAACAAACAAAACAAGACGUUGAGAGAAUUGAUUAUGAGAAAAGAACCUGCUGAUGUAUUAAUGUUAACUUUUUAUACAUUUCAUAAAUUGCUGUUUCCAAAUCUUAUUGGGCUUCCCUUGUUUGACAUUAAAAUAUGGAUUUACAAAUCAA